AUGUUUGCUCUCGCAUCGGCUCACUGCCGUCAGAAUUUCGUUGCCAAGCAUCUGGACAUGGAAUCGGACCAGAUCGUUAGAUUCACGGACCGAUUUCUUCGGCCGGAUGGCGUGUUUCUGUUGCAGAUGAUCGCCAGUCAUGCUGGGAACCUCACAUGCGCCAAGAAUGAUGAAAGUCGGAAAGAGUCAGUGCCACGUCGAGAUUCUUGGCAUGAAUCAUCACUUCCUCCUUCCAUAUCGCAACAUCCUAUUCGUUCACACUAUGUCUAG